UUCGAAUCCUCGAAGCCCUCGGAAGAGGAAUCUGGCAGAGAACGCCCGCCGGCCGCCGUUGUCAGCGCUCCAGGUCGCGCCAUGCUUGUUCUCCGAAGCGGCCUGACUAGGGCCCUGGCCGCGCCGACCCGGCUGCCUCAGGUGUACUCAUCUUUUGCUACAGGACCUAGACAGUGUGAUGGAACAUUCUAUGAAUUUCGUACCUAUUGUCUUAAGCCUUCAAAGAUGAACGAGUUUCUGGAAAAUUUUAAGAAAAAUGCACAUCUUCGGACAGCUCACUCUGAAUUGGUUGGAUACUGGAGUGUGGACUUUGGAGGCAGAAUGAAUAAAGUAUUUCAUAUUUGGAAAUAUGAUAAUUUUGCUCAUCGAACUGAAGUUCGGAAAGCCUUGGCCAAAGAUAAGGAAUGGCAAGAACAGUUUCUCAUUCCAAAUUUGGCUCUCAUGGAUAAACAAGAGAGUGAGAUUACUUACCUGGUACCAUGGUGCAAAUUAGAAAAGCCUCCAAAAGAAGGAGUCUAUGAACUGGUGACUUUUCAGAUGAAACCAGGUGGGCCAGCUCUGUGGGGCGACACAUUUAAAAAGGCGAUUAAUGCCCAUGUCAAUCUUGGCUACUCAAAACUGAUUGGCGUUUUCCACACAGAGUAUGGAGCACUCAACAGAGUUCAUGUUCUUUGGUGGAAUGAGAGCGCAGAUAGCCGUGCAGCUGGGAGACAUCAGGCUCAUGAGGAUCCCAGAGUCGUGGCAGCUGUUCGGGAAUGUGUCAGUUUCCUAGUGUCUCAGCAGAAUAUGCUUCUGAUUCCUACGUCAUUUUCGCCGUUGAAAUAGUUUCCCACCAAAAUACAAAGCAUUUAACUGUCUUAAGAUGGGUCUGCUAAUGGUACUUAAAUUCUCCCACGGGCGUCUCACUUUUAUUUGAAAAAGGUGGUAAGUUAAAGUGCUGUGUCUGCAUUUUUAAAGCCACCUCUGUUCUUUGUCUUUACCACCUGAGAAAAUAGUUCUAUUCGUUGUCCCCGUGGCAUUUCAGCAGCUGUAAUAUUAGAAAUAGUUGCCACUAGUCAUGAUCUGGAUUUUUCAUUUCUUUCAUAGUAUCUCUUAUUCUCUAUUUUGAUGACCCUUUGCUUUAUAGCAUUUUCUUAUAUUUAAGUGAUGUUUUUACAUCUCUAUGCCUGACAGUAUUUUUAAAUUAUUUCCAUGCAAUGUCUCUUAUUUUCAACAUGCCUGUUUUUGUGAUUUUAAAAAAUAUCUUGCCCACUGAAGUUUAUUGUGUAAUAUCAAAUGGGAUUCAUAAGGAUAUUAUACCAAAUAUAUUUCUUUACCUUGGAGCAGUAUCACCUGUGUCAUCUGUAUCAGUUACAGUUUUCAUGCUGUUAGGCACUCUAAUUUGGAAAAUAAUGUAACUAGGUAUCAAUAUUUAAAAAAACUUCAGAAGACUUGUUUCAUAUGCUGAAAUGUGUUCGUGUAUACUUAAUGUUAUUAAUUUUUUUUAAUUUUGGAUCACUGACGAAGAUACUUGGGACAUCUAUUUGUUUGAAAAGAGAUUUUGUGGUUAUGGAAAUGCUUUCCCUAAUAAAAGCCUGCAUAUCCGUUC